CUCGCGAGCUCUCUGAGCCUGCGUCCGCCGAGGGGGAGGGUUUUCCCCAGCCCGGCCGGCCUCGCGGCUGAGCGCCGCUUCUGGCUCACAACGCCGCCGCAGACUGUCAGGGCAGCCGGGGAGUGGAACUGCCGGAAGUGUGUGCGCGCCGCGAGAGGAACGUCCCUGCUCUGCCCCGGCGCCCGGAACGACGAUGCGCCCCGGUGACCGCAACCUGAGCGGACCCGCGCCUCGGCCCGCCGCCCGCGCCUGCGCCCGCCUCGCCUCGGGGGAGGAAGACUGAGCCCGGCAGCCGGCGGCGCGGCGCGCGGGGCCCGUUUCCUCGGCGCAGUCAGUCCCCUCGCGUCCCGGCGCCUUCCCCGCGAUCGCGCGUCCGCAGCGCCCGCCGCCGCCGUCGGCCGCCCCUGCCCUGACCGCCGGCCGGGACGUGUCCGCGGCGGCCGCCGGCGGCGCCUGUGCCAUGGGGCUGCCCACUCUGGAGUUCAGCGAUUCCUACUUGGACAGCCCGGAUUUCAGGGAGCGCUUGCAGUGUCACGAGAUUGAGCUGGAGCGAACCAACAAGUUCAUCAAGGAGCUCAUUAAGGACGGCUCUCUGCUCAUUGGGGCGCUGAGGAAUCUGUCUAUGGCAGUGCAGAAAUUUUCCCAGUCAUUACAAGAUUUCCAAUUUGAAUGUAUUGGUGAUGCUGAAACAGAUGAUGAAAUUAGUAUUGCUCAGUCACUAAAAGAAUUUGCAAGACUACUCAUUGCAGUGGAAGAAGAAAGGCGAAGACUGAUCCAAAAUGCUAAUGAUGUAUUAAUUGCACCACUUGAGAAAUUUCGGAAAGAACAGAUAGGUGCAGCAAAAGAUGGAAAGAAGAAGUUUGACAAAGAGAGUGAAAAAUAUUACUCUAUCCUUGAAAAGCAUUUAAAUUUGUCUGCAAAGAAAAAGGAGUCUCAUUUGCAAGAGGCAGAUACACAAAUUGACCGAGAACAUCAGAACUUCUAUGAAGCAUCAUUAGAAUAUGUCUUUAAAAUUCAAGAGGUUCAAGAAAAAAAGAAGUUUGAAUUUGUUGAACCGCUUUUGUCAUUUCUUCAGGGUUUAUUUACUUUUUACCAUGAAGGAUAUGAACUUGCCCAGGAAUUUGCACCGUAUAAACAACAGCUGCAGUUCAACUUGCAGAAUACAAGGAAUAAUUUUGAAAGUACUCGACAAGAGGUAGAGCGGUUGAUGCAAAGGAUGAAAUCUGCCAACCAGGACUACAGACCACCCAGCCAAUGGACGAUGGAAGGCUAUCUGUAUGUCCAGGAAAAACGACCACUUGGUUUUACAUGGAUUAAACAUUAUUGUACAUAUGAUAAGGGAAGUAAAACAUUUACAAUGAGUGUUUCAGAAAUGAAAUCCAGUGGGAAAAUGAAUGGCCUUGUUACUAGCUCACCGGAAAUGUUUAAAUUAAAAUCUUGUAUCCGACGAAAGACAGAUUCAAUUGACAAACGAUUCUGCUUUGACAUAGAAGUAGUUGAAAGGCAUGGGAUCAUCACAUUACAGGCCUUCUCAGAAGCUAAUAGGAAACUCUGGCUUGAAGCCAUGGAUGGGAAGGAACCGAUUUACACUCUGCCCGCCAUUAUAAGCAAGAAAGAAGAAAUGUAUUUGAAUGAAGCAGGGUUUAACUUUGUGAGAAAAUGCAUUCAAGCUGUGGAAACAAGAGGUAUCACCAUUUUAGGCCUCUAUCGAAUAGGAGGAGUGAACUCCAAAGUUCAAAAACUCAUGAAUACCAUAUUUUCUCCUAAAUCCCCUCCUGAUAUUGAUAUUGAUAUUGAACUGUGGGACAAUAAGACGAUAACGAGUGGGCUGAAAAACUACCUCAGGUGCCUUGCAGAACCGCUGAUGACUUACAAGUUGCACAAAGAUUUUAUCAUUGCUGUUAAAUCUGAUGACCAAAACUACAGGGUGGAGGCAGUACAUGCAUUGGUGCACAAAUUGCCAGAGAAGAACAGAGAGAUGCUGGACAUCUUAAUAAAGCAUCUGGUCAAAGUAUCACUGCACAGCCAACAAAAUCUCAUGACUGUCUCAAAUCUUGGUGUCAUAUUUGGCCCCACACUAAUGAGAGCACAGGAAGAAACUGUGGCUGCUAUGAUGAAUAUUAAAUUUCAGAAUAUUGUGGUAGAAAUUCUGAUAGAGCACUAUGAAAAGAUUUUUCAUACGGCUCCAGACCCAAGCAUUCCUCUGCCUCAGCCUCAGUCUCGAUCUGGAUCCCGAAGGACACGAGCAAUCUGCCUGUCUACAGGAUCUAGGAAGCCCAGAGGGAGGUAUACUCCAUGCCUGGCCGAACCCGAUAGUGACUCCUAUAGCAGCAGCCCAGACAGCACACCCAUGGGGAGCAUUGAGUCACUCUCUUCUCAUUCCUCUGAACAAAAUAGCACUACAAAGUCAGCUUCCUGCCAGCCCCGGGAGAAAUCUGGAGGGAUUCCUUGGAUUGCAACCCCAUCAUCUUCCAAUGGACAGAAAAGCCUCGGUCUCUGGACAACUAGUCCUGAAUCAAGUUCUAGAGAAGAUGCAACCAAAACGGAUGCAGAAUCAGAUUGCCAGAGUGUUGCUUCGGUCACCAGCCCAGGGGACAUUUCCCCACCGAUAGACCUAGUCAAGAAAGGCCCUUACGGGCUUUCAGGACUGAAAAGAGCUUCUGCUGCUUCUCUCAGAUCCAUCUCUGCAGCUGAAGGAAACAAGAGCUACAGUGGAUCUAUUCAAAGCUUAACUUCUGUAGGUUCCAAGGAGACACCCAAAGCUUCACCAAACCCAGACCUGCCUCCGAAAAUGUGCAGGGGGUUAAGACUAGACACUGCCUCAAGCAAUGGCUAUCAGCGUCCUGGCUCAGUAGUGGCAGCAAAAGCUCAACUGUUUGAAAAUGUUGGUUCACCUAAGCCAGUUUCUUCUGGGCGCCAAGCCAAAGCCAUGUAUUCCUGUAAAGCAGAGCAUAGCCAUGAGCUUUCCUUCCCACAAGGAGCGAUAUUUUCUAAUGUGUACCCAUCAGUGGAACCAGGAUGGUUAAAGGCAACUUAUGAAGGCAAAACGGGACUAGUUCCAGAAAAUUAUGUUGUCUUCCUCUAAUACUAUUUAGUGGAUGGCAGUAUCUUCAUGGUAUCCAUGGUAACGAAUAAUAAGUGCUAUGAUUUUAUCUGACACAGAUACACGGGGAUCAGCCCACUAAGUGAAAACAGUCAAUUUCCAUCACUUUCUUCACCAGCAGACUAUGUAGCUCCUUAUUAAUGGAAAAAAAAAGGUUUAAAUUGUUGGCCAUUCUUUUUUGGUUGGUUUCUUAUUUUAAAACAUCUUGCUUCUGAAAAAUUUAUUUUUGGAUACUAUGCAACUCUCCAGUGUCUCUUCCAUAACAAUUAUAUUUCCAAUACUGUAUUAAAUACUAUAUCCCAGAAAUUUGGAAACCAGAAACCUGCUACAUGGAUUUUGAGAUCUGUCCUUUACUGCCUGGUAUUCUCUCAGAAUCUCUGAAAUUGUUACUUAAAAAUGUAAUUUAAAUUGUUUAGUCAUUAUUUUUUUUCUUAGAAAGAUACUGCUUUUAUAUAUGAUUGUUUUGCUGGUCCUAAACAUUUCAAGGAUGUAAGUCUUUAUUUUAAUAUAACUUUAUUUGUUUUCCAAUUAGAUGAUAUUAUUCAAAAGCAAUAAUGUAUAUGAUAUCUAUAAAGGAAGCAAAAUUAAGUCAUACACUGAUUCCACUGUAAACAGUAUGUCCAGAAUUCCAGACAUCUUCUGUGGAUUUAGUAUAGGGAUCAGCAAACCUUUUCUAUUUUCUAUAAAGGCCUGAUAGCAAAUAUUUUUGUGGCGGGCUAGAUUUGGCUCAUGGGUUAUAGUUUGCUGACCCCUAGUUUAGAGGAUAUGUAAAACUAUCUUCAUAACUUUGCAAUUCUUAUAAAAUCUUACACUAAAAUAUAAAUACUGAUGAAUUAUAUGCACGUAUUCUCUACCAAUAGCAUUAUAGUGACAUCAUAGAAGAAUAUUUAAAAUGGGAAAACAGUAAAACUACAGUAUCCAGGCAUAGAACUUAAAUUCCAUCUGGAAGAUUGUAAAGUGUCAAAGUAUUUUGAUGUUAAUUUAAUUUGGGCUUUUGAAAUGUUCUUCUACGAAUAAAAAAGAUGUUUGAAAAUGUUACGGGGAAGCUAUGUCCUCUGAAAUCUAUCUUUAGUUGAAACAGAAAAUAAACACAAAGGUACAAGAUCCUUAAAUUACUUUGAACCACAGAAGUUGAAAUUGUUUUAUGAUCUUUAGCAGAAAUAAAAUCUGUACAUUAUUUCCUUUUAUGUCUUUUAGUUUACAGCCUUUAUUAGGAAUUUCCGUGAAUUUGUACAGCAUAGUAAUAGGUAUUUACUGUCCACUUAUAUAUAUAUCAUCAGCAUCUGGUCAUGCAUGAACCAUUAAUUCUAUAUUUCUAUUUCAAUAAUUCUAAUAUAUUAUUUCUAUAAAUAUAUCUAUAUGUGGCAAAGAGCCUUUCUUCUCAAGAUCCUGAAAAGCUGGUUAUCUGCCCUUUGAGUGCCACAGUCCUGACCUGCUUGUUCUUGACAUCUUACGUAUUACUUCAGAGUGCCCCACUGUGUAGACACUCAGGUAUUAACUGUACAAAACUCUUUACACACUAUUACAAUCUGUAGUCUCAAUCUCUUUUACUUUAAUGUUUCUAGAAUUAAUAGGUUAAAUACACAUAUACACACACAACUAUGCCUCAGAAAAGUUAUGCUUUUACAAAUUAAAAGAAUAGAUUAGAAUUGACAAGUAGAAUAAUAGUAAACAGAGUCAGAAUUAGGAAUCAAUGUCAGUGAAUCAAAAGAAGGAAAAAUAUUCUGUAAUAGAAACUAGCAGUGCAAUGUAAAAGUCUGAUGAAAGAUUAUCUUUUUCUUUUACCUCUUACUGUUGAUCUCUGCACACUGUAAUAAGGUGUUGCUGGAUCUUCGUGGUGUAGGUCCUUGGUGACCCUUGGUCUUAAUAACAGCAUUGCUGACACCCUGAUUACCCUCUGCUGGAACAGAAGGUAGUUUACCAACGUACUAGUCCCUUAGUCUACACAGCACCCUUGGUUUAAGCACGCUUACCAUCAUCUGGCAUCCUGCUAUGUUAGAACCUCUUAAAAGCAAAUUGGUUUUCUUUCAAAGACCAACUUGACUCCAAAGAGAGAUUCAGAAUCCUACACUUCUCCCACUGGUACAUAAAGAAAUCUCAACCUUCAACCAUUAUUUUAUUUGAACACAGAACAAAGUGUUCUUGCCUCUGAGUUGUCUGUGAGCUAAUUCUACAGGUGUUCCAUUCAGAUUUAAAGCUUUUUUACUGCAUAGGAUGUGGACAUGAUGCCUAACUCUUGUAUCUGAUGACAAGGCAUGUGUUGUAGCCACAGUACUGGCUAUGGUCCCUUAGCUGAAACAAGCUACAAAGGCACAGAUUCAAACUGCUUGUGCUUGAAGUUUUAAUCUUGUAGAUUUGUGAGGACGGCUCUUUUUUCUUCAUAAUGGAUUACAAAUGUAAGCAAGCCAUGGCCACAUACUGGACACAGGCUAAAGCUGCCUUUCCCUUAAAGUAAGUCUCCUACAGAUAUUUAUGAGCAUUUGAGAAGUCAGGACAUGUACUGUAAAUCACACAGCAUGUUAAUUACACAGGAAGGCAAUGCCAGACGCUGGAAGAGGAUCACAUUCAACUUCUAAUAGUAUUUCAAUAACAAAAUCUUAGCUUUUCAAAAACAAUGUGAAGAUACAUUAGAAUUGCCACAUUCCUACCUUCAAAACAUGCAACCUCUGCACCCUAAUCACUGCUUACAGUAUAAUCAGUAUGACGAUGAGAUUGAAGGGUCUAAGUUUAACUUCAUCAUCUCUUGUGUUUUGUGAAAAUAACAAAACAUUUGUAUAUUUCACAGAUGACUCUUUUGUUUUGCCAUAACUCUACCGAGUUUAUGGAAACUAGUCAACUGAAGGAUUUUUUUGUUGUGUUAUGUAUAAAUGUCUGAACAGUAAAAUCAUCUUUGUAUUCCUGUAAUGUUCAUGAAGUAUGAGGAAAUCCAUUUCUCCUUGUUUGAUGUGAGUGGUUUUACUUGUUGAAUGGGUUCCCUGUGCUUUGUAAUGUGCAUGGAAAUAACCAGGUUUCUCAACAAUGAUUUGUCUGCUGGCUCUUAUCAGAGAUAGUGGAGGGAAAAAAAUGUACUUUAAAACCCCAAAUUAUCUAGGUUUCCAAGUAGGAAAAAUAAAGAUACAUAUGACUUUUAUUCUUAUUUUAUCAUCAUUAGAUAUACAGAAUGUGGCAUGCUUUAUAAAAAUUCACCAUGCUGUGAGGCAAACAGAUUUCUUACUCCAGUCCUGUGCACCCCGCUCACCUUCUCACUCCUAGAACCAUUCUUCUGGUCCCUGUUGAAAGGGUGCCAUUCAUGUGGUUUCAGUUUAGAGGAGUCCCUCAGAGCUUUACCUCAAGCAAUUUCAAAAUACCUUCAUUAUGUAUUCAGGUUGCCUUCUUUAGCAUUUGGAACCCCAACUAGACUUACACUUUGACUAAAUUCAGAGGCCGAGCAAUUUAGGGAACAGAUUUUGUUCUUUGGUUUUAUGAUACAUUUGUAAUUCACAUCUAUUAGCAUGACCUCACAUCACUGCAUAGGACCCUGAAAUCAUAUCUCUCGGUCAGGUCACGAAAAACAGCAGAGUCUUGACUGUUGUCCAGAAGUUUCUUUCCUCCUGUCCAAAGGUUUCCCCUUAGAGUAGACAUUGCUAUUUAACUUUGCCUCCUACCCUUUUUUAUUACCUUCCAAAAUCAAAACACUUAAAAAAAAAAAAACAACAAAGAAAGAAAACUUUUCUGAACAGUCUGUGUCCUGCCUGUCUCCUGUUGAUUCACAGACGCCGUAUCAGGUAUUCAUCAACUAGCCUCAGUUUCCUGAACACAUUCUCUGUAUCCCUCGUUGUCACCAUUAUCUCCCUGCUUCAAAAUGUGCUGGUUCCACUUAGUAAUAACCUUGGGAAAACUCAGGUUUAUGAAUGAUGUGAACUUUUAGAGGAUCAAAUCAGUAAAUUGGAUUUUGUUUUUCUUGAGGGCAGCUGUACUCACUGUUUUAAAUAGAGUCUAGAUAAGAAUGUUGACAGCAUGCACAGUAAGCCAUUGGCAGAAAAUUGAUCUGCAUGUCCUAGACCAAUGUUCAGAAGGUGUUUUGUGGUUUAGGGAGCCCAGCCCAUCAUCCCUCUUCCCUUUGGCACUCAUGAGAGAAAUGCCAAGUUCAGUGUGAAUUUUUCUUGGUGCUGUAUGGAGAAAUGGAGUCUGUGUGCUUACUGAAGAGUCCCAAAAGGCAGGGACCGUUUUCAUGAUUGCCAUCAUAAAUAUUCGCUACCCGCAAGAUGCUUGUGUACAGGGCUACUUGGGAAAUUCAACUGUUGGAGGAGGCAGGGGCUGAAGGUGUCAAAACCACCUCAAUUAGAUAACCACAUUCUCCCCUUUGUAGCAUCCCAUCUCUCACCAGUGUUUCCCAUGGUCUUUAUGCUUCCAGAGUUAACAGCAACUCCAUUUUGCCUUGAAUUCCCUCAGUCUUAUAGAUUAAAAAUGUGCAUUUUUAAAUAAAAUACAUACUUUUAAUCUAUAUAUAGCUCCAUAUAUAUAGUGCAUACUUUUAAUCUCUAUAUGGCAGCAUUUUUGAGGUUUUAUAUCUGCUGAUGUACCCUCAACUGCCUCCUUUUUGCCGAGAAUGAUGCCCACAAGAACUGGUCUAAGAACACGGUCUGCACAUGAUUUAUGCUUAAAAUCCAAGAUAUCACCCCAUAUGGAAGGUUGAGAUUUACGGAGUCCUUCUUGAUUUCUGAGCUGAAACCUUUACAAAUAGGAAAUUUGGCAGGGAAGACACCUGGGUUUUAAAUUCAGAAUCCUAUUUAUAUACUGUUAAAAUUUGAGGUACUGUAGUUUAUAUAAAAGUCAGAUGUUUAGAUAUUAUGUUUCAGUACUAGGAGCUUCUUUGCAGCCAUUAACAUGACAAAUUAAGUAAUAAAUAUAAAAGUGAUUGUCCGUAAAUUAUCAUUGAAUUUUUUGUUUAUUUUGUAGUGUUUCUGUAUUUAUCUGCACUUUGUGUAUAUAAACACACAUAUGUAUGCCAACGUGUAAAUAACCUCAUGUUUAUUCCUAAUCUAAAUUGCCACAAUAUUUUAAAUAUAUGGUUACACUGUGUUUUAAAUUACUUUAAAAAUAAACUUUGUAAGCACAUUUUAA